AUGUCAAGGUCGCUUAGUAUUGAAAUCCCGUACCACCGUCGCUCCAUUACCAGUCACUUGCAGCAACACCGUGGUACACCACUAUUGGAAGAUCAGAAUUACAUGAACGCAUUAAAUCAACCGUCGAAUGGCUUGUACGUCAUGGAGACUCCAAAGGAAGGAGAUGUGGUACCGAGUGGACGACGAUCACUGCGUCAAUUCCCGCCUGUGGAUCACAAUGGACCAUUUCGACAACACCUUGGCACACUUGAAGCCUCUGGGGCCUUUUUAGCGAUGGAUAAUGGCAGCACUAUUAGUAGCCCGAGCAGCAACUGCAUUGAAUCAUUGAGUCUCAAUAAUAAUAAUAUGAGCGCUACAGCACAGCAGCCGUUGAUCUCCACGCCACGAGCGACGCAAAAGAACAUUGUUCGCGUCAUUGAUAAAGACAUGACACAGCAAUUUCGUGGCCGCUCCAAGUAUAUGGGACAAGGACGUAUUCGCUGGUUUGAGAAUCGAAAGUCACAGCUUCUGGGGUUUUGCCUUACAAUGGCGUUCUUAGGUGUAUCCGUCGCAAUGUACAACUAUCGGUGGACGGGACUUAUUGCUGGAUCGAUAAACACUAUCAUUUGCGGUUCUGCCGUCGUGAUCACGUACUGCCGCAAGAAACAGUGGCAUCAGCAUCCGAAUCCCAUUGUGCAUAACCGUUCGGUGCUGAGUAUCUUCAUGGCAGUUUGCUUGCUGUUGAACGUUAUUGUGGACUUUGACCCGAGUGGGUCCAAUACAAAUUGUCAGCGACUUGCCGGUAUCACUGAAUUUUUUUUCUUUACAGGCGAAGCAUGGGGACUCGUCAUGGCUUGCGAUCUCUUCUUUUCGCUUACUAGUCCGUUCACAAGCUACAAGCGGUUGAUGAAAUUUUACCACCUAUGGGUAUGGCUAGGCGGAAUCAUAAUGGGCGUCCUUACGUACUCGGUACAGGGUGCAGGUGGUUUCUUUACCGUCGAUGGUCAGUCGAUGACGUAUGGAUCCGACACUGAUACGGUUAUCGGCUUUUGUCUUGCGUCGUCGCGCAUUUGCUGCGACUCUGGUGAAGCCUGUCCGGAUAGUAUAACGAAAUGCUCAACCACCUCUAGCUUCUUAAACGCGCAGAAGUGGCCCUGGAUAUUGAUUUACUCUUUUGUCUUGCUGGUGCUCUUUGUAUCUGUGUGCGUGUUGACAUUGGCUUGGCACCGACUUUACCUCCGCGGCGUCCCGAAGACGUAUAACAUUCGCCUUCGUGUGCUGAACUAUAUUUCUUUCUUCACUGGUGCUUACGUUUUCUACUGGCUGCUCCUGCUACUACUAUACAUGUGCGCCUACUUUUUGUCGACGAAGAGCGACACGUCGAACUCAGAGGCCGUCGCGCAGGUGCUUCGUCAGCUUGUGAUUUUCCUCAUUUCGUCCAAGGGCUAUCUGGACUAUGUGAUUUGGUUUGCUGUAAACAAUAUUGAGAGGAAGGGUGGAAACGGACGUGCUAAGUCUGCAGAUGUGGAUGUUGACUUGAGCCCGCAGGUGAACACAGCACUGCGUUCAGAGAUUUUAUAUUACACUACGUCUGGUAUUAAGGAGUCCGUCCGCGCGGUGACUGAUGAGCUGAUUUCCAUCCCAAUUUCUGGCGAAAGCGAAGAGGGCAAGAAGUCUAUCAAGUUCUGGUCGUUUUGCCCCGCUUCGUUCCGUAACAUCCGUCUGACGUUUGGAAUUAGUGAUGCUGACUACGUUCAAAUGUUUGGCGCCACCACGAAGGAACGGUUCAGUGAAGGCCGCAGUGGAGCUUUCAUGUUUUACACGUCAGAUGAGAGUUUGAUUGUGAAGACUAUGUCACCGGAGGAGUGUGCGUUCUUGCGCAAGAUGGCACCAAAUUAUGAGGCCUACAUGACCAGUAACCCCGAUACUCUUUUGACGCGUUUCUAUGGCUGUCAUUCCGUCUCACUGUACGGAAAGAUGUACUACUUCGUGGUCAUGGGAAAUCUGUUUUCGGACACGGAUGUUGUGCACCACCGUUACGAUAUCAAGGGAUCAUGGGUUGAUCGUAAUGCGAAGGUACCGAGCCCCGGUGACAAAACUGCAUGCCGUUACUGCAAUGCCUCGUAUACGUUUGGCAGUACAAAGAAUCAAGAAUGCGGAGAUGGCAUGAACUUCCACGAGCCCGAUAUUGUUCUGAAGGAUAAUGACUUGAUGACCAAGAUUCGAAUCCAUCCAGCCACUGCCCACCGCAUCUACGACCAAAUCCACCGAGACAGUGAUUUCUUGUGCUCUCAGGGUAUUAUGGAUUACAGUCUGCUGAUGGGUAUUCAAAGUUCGGAAUACUUUGUUGACACGAAUCAAUUACCGCAAGCUCGUCGUGACCUGCUCUUCACGCAACCCGCAACGAGUGUAGCUGGUCCCUCGCUUUACCAUUUCGGUAUAAUUGAUUUUCUCCAGCAAUGGACGUUGGAGAAAAAGAUGGAACGUUUCUACAAGACUAUUAUCAAGCGCAAAGACCCUGAAGGUGUCUCUGCGCUGCCGCCAAAGCCUUAUAAGUUUCGUUUUCAGCAAAAGAUGUCACGGAUUUUUGCAUUAUCAACGCACACACGAGCCAAGAACGACACGGCAUUUAACCACAAUUACCCGACGCUGAUUGAUGUGCUGGAUCAGGGCAAUUAUGACGCUCAGCGCCACAAUACGUUUAUCAGCAACUCCGUGGUGGACCAAAGGCCCGUGUUUAAUCCAGAUCAACAGCAGGAUAUUCGCGUAGUGUAG